UUAAAACUGUAAUUCUACAGAAAAGGUUCCAGUCCAACUAAAACCGUAACAUAUUGAUUAAUCCCGGUGUAUGUGUUGUGUCUACUCAGCUAAUUAAAGGUUAUAAAUGCUUCCAAAUUUGAAAACUGAUCCUUCUCCACUACCUGCUAAUAACAGUCAUUCUUGAUCCUAAUGACAAUCUGACGUUAGAACGUCGUACAAUAACAAGUAACUGCUAUGUGAGUUAAUUCUUAUCACCCAAAAUGGACAGAGAUAAGCAGGGGUAUGUUCCAGAAAACGAGCGGUCCUCUGGAUUCCAAAGCAGUGGGAGGGGAACAUAUAUAGGUGAUAUGCAGGACCCUGAAGUCACCAAGGAUCCCCCACCAGGGGGGUCCCCAUUCGGUCCACUUGGAAAUUUUACUGACAAUAUCACGCACACUAUGCACAAAGAGAUCAUAAAUGCCACAACGAGUGAUCCGGUUGGGGCCACGUCUGACAUUUUAAGCCAGUACGGUAUGGGUGUUUCUCAACAAUGGGAAUAUCCUUGUGAAAUGAACGACUCUUUAUGUUUUUUUAACAUGUCCUAUGGUAAUGAAACUAUGAAUGACGGACCUCCGGAAUAUAGAUUUUGGGCAAUAAUGUUGAUAGUAAUACCAAUAUUUACAGUGUUUGGUAAUAUUCUUGUAGUGAUGAGUGUUUAUCGAGAACGAUCAUUACGAACUGUAACUAAUUAUUUCAUCUGCUCCCUUGCCGUAGCUGACAUAUUUGUGGCUGUGUUAGUGAUGCCCUUUGCUGUUUAUAUGGAGGUAACGGGUGCGUGGUUAUUUAGUGACCCUCUGUGUGAUGCAUGGGUAGCAUCUGAUGUGAUGGCGUGCACAGCGUCAAUAUUAAACCUAACUGCUAUAAGUGUCGAUAGAUUUAUUGCCGUGACACAACCUAUAAAAUAUUCAAAGCACAAAAACUCGAAGCGUAUUUUCGUUAUGUUGGCAUUAACCUGGGUUAUAUCGGUGGCCAUAGCGGUUCCCAUAGCUCUAGGUGUGAACUACAGUGAGAAAAGAGCACCGGGGGAUUGUGCAUUCUUUAAUUCAGACUUUCUCAUUUAUUCAUCCAUGGGUUCAUUUUAUAUACCAUCUUUAAUAAUGAUUUUCCUAUACUGGAGAAUAUAUAGAGUGUUACACAUUCGUUCUCAAAGAGCAUUAGCACAAAAGAAAAAAUUAAAAACGGACCAAAAAGCAAUACGAAGCGUGAUUGAGAACACUGCAGCUACGGCACCCUGUGCCGAGCCAACAGUAACUACCGGAUUAGCGCGAGUAGACAAUGGGAAGCCGGCAUCCUAUAACACGAACAAAGCUCAUAAACUAGCCACGCCCGUUGUUGACGACACGUCUGUGACAAAUAUGGGUACGGGGUCUGAUUCUCAAGGUGAAAAUGAUGACAGCAAUAUGAAUGAUGGUAGUGAUACUAAAAGUCCCGCCUCGGAUGACAACGUCACGCAACAUGACGGAGUUGGAGAACUGAUAGCAAACCCUGUGGCACAGGCACUAGAUAAACAAGAAACGGCCGGUAACUCUGCUACAACUUCGGGUAAUAACGCUGAAGCUGAGACUAAAUUUAAUUCCCCUGGUGCUCCAAGGUGUGCACAAUUAUCUCCCUUACAUACGAAGGGUAGCGUAAAAAGCGACGAAAAUAGAAAUAAAGAGGCACACAAGAAAGGUAUUACAAAAUUCAACUUUCAUAUGAGGACAAGUCGAAAGCGAAAGGAAAGAUCAUCCUCGAAAAGAGAACGAAAGGCAACUAAGACGCUGGCCAUUGUAUUAGGUGUGUUUUUAUUGUGCUGGUGGCCAUUUUUUACCAUUAACAUUGUCAACGCUAUCUGUAUCAAGUUUGAUUUGUUCGAAUAUGCAGCCUGUAAUAUGCCGGUCGUUCUCUUUAGCUUUUUUGUGUGGUUGGGAUACAUCAACAGUUUUCUUAACCCCGUCAUAUACACAAUUUUUAACCCCGAAUUUAGGAAAGCUUUUAAGAAAAUUUUGUCGGAGAGAUGUAAAUAACCCCUACAUAUUAAUA